GGAUGGCUGAAGACCCGGUGAGCCCAUUCGGCGCGGACGGUGUCUCUCGCGAGUCGAGUGUGUCGACGUCGUCCAACGAUCAUGGCACCACCGAGGCGGACGAGGCGGUGCGUCGGCGGGCGAUCGCGACGAGCCCCGCCGCCCUUCGGCGUAUCGCAGGCGACUUUGUCCAGCAACUGCAGCUGGAUGCGAUUGUUCGCAAGGCCAACGAGCAGGCGCGGGCCGCCGGCCACAGCAUUGGCAGCGUCCGCAUCAGCGACAUUGAAGCGCGCAUCGGCCACGUGGCGCUGGACCCGAUUUACCGCCGCAAAAACCUCCAUAUCCUGCUCAAUGGGCUCUUUGGCCUCGCCCUGUCGCUCGCUGAAUUGGUCGUGACAUGGUCCUACUCGAGUCGCGUCGUCGACCCCGACCUUGGCAUGGUGCCACUGACGGUGCCAACCGCGUCCAAUAUCAUCAAGGCCGUCAUUUCCAUCUCGAGCUGUCUCCUCGUGCUGCAGCUGAUCGACCUCUACCGGCUCUUCUACGCCGAGCAGUACCGCUGGGAAGCAAAGUUCGUCGAGGGCGUCCGGGCGACGCAUCCGCCGCACGAGAAAAUGGUCGAUUCGGCGCCGACGUUGUCGGUUGUUCAGGCAGCGUCGAGCGCCCUUCGUCGGUGCCUCUUUGAUACGGGGCUGCUCUGGCGCGGAAGCCUCGAAGUGGGGCUUGUCCUUAUCCACCCCCCGCCGUGGGCCGACGCGUAUUUGUACCAGUCGGCGUCGUGUCUAAUGUUUUUUCGGCUCUACUUGCUCGCGCGCGUGUACCGCGACCACUCGACCGUCUACCGCAAGCGCCAGCUGAUCCUCGAGAAUUGCUUUUUAACCUCGACGAGCCCGACGUUCAACUGGUUUUUAUCGGUCAAACUCGACUUUGGCAAGGCGCCGCUGCAGUUUAUCCUCGCGUUUUACCUCUUUGUGCUCGCGACGCUCUCGACGUCGGUGCAUGUGUUUGAACGCGUGUAUCAACCAGAGGCCUUUUCAUUUCCCAAUGCGAUUUGGUUUAGCUUUUGUACGCUGACGACCCACGGGCUCCCCGGCACGGACCCGAUCUCUGGAAAUGGUUACUUUGUCACGUCCAUCAUGCUCGUCCUGGGUAUUGCGCUCGAGACUAUGGUCGUGGUCGCGAUUCUGCACAACUUUGGGUUGAACGAGAAAGGCCGGCUCGUGGCGCGGUACAUUCAGCAGCUCCUCGCGCAACAGCGGCUGCAGACGAUCUCGGCCAAAGCGGUCUGGUCGUGGUGGCGCUGGAAGCGCGUGCGCCAUAGUAAUGCCGCGUCCGAGGAAAAUGCACGCCGCUUCAAGUUUUGGCAGUCGCUCGAGCCGUUUGGCAACGCCAACGAAGAGCACCACUUGCUUGCGCAAAGCGUCGGCGACCCAAUCGUCGACAAGCUCAAGCAGCUCGAGGCGACGGCGCAGCGACUGCGACGCCGUAUGGACGACUGCUUGCACGCAUGCACUUGCGCCAAUGAGCCCUCGAGCGCCGAUCUCCAAGCGAUCCGCGACAAGAACGCUGUACUCGAAGCUCAACGCGAAGAAAUCGCCUUUCUCUUUGCCCACGCCACCGCGUCACUCGGUCGGCAGCAAGGCACUGCCAGCGCAGAGUAAGCGACCGCGCGUUCGUGGACAUUGUGUCUACACUGCCAGUGAUAUUGGCGUCCAGGAGCAACUCUUCGUGGUGUUGUACAUUCUCUUGUCAUAACGAUACUAUGGAAUCGCCAUACCAUGUUGGUCGAC